AUGAUCGGGCCUGCCGCCCUCGUUCUUCUCGGCUGGGCAGCGACCGAAGCCAUCGCCGCCAAGGUCAUAGUGGACAAUGUCAGCCCAAUGAUUACCUACACCCCGCCUCUGUACGGUGAUCGUGCCGAGAGUGACGACCGCUGGGAUCCAAACCGCGGACUAAACGCUUGGAACACGACCUUUCCCCAGGUGACCGAGUACAGGCCGUGGGAUCUGCGCAAGCCGACCGACCAGCACUACACCUUUGUCAAGGUCCAGGGUAUUGACAACUACCCAACGGCCGAGAUCUCGUUCGUCGGCACGGGCAUCGUCCUGAUCGGCCCUGACCCGAAUCCCGGCGAGAAGCUGGGUACUGGUUUCGCCAAGCUCAAGCUCGACGGCAAGGAGCAGGACUGCCGCAGUACCGGUGACGCAACCUUGCUACAGUGCUCGAUCCGCGACCUCGAGUUCGGACGACACCAUCUCACCGUCGAGGUGCAGCAGGGCGGCUUUGCCAUUGGCCGCUUUGAGAUUGAUACUGGCAAGGAAGACAACCCUACGGCCGUCGUUGAUCUGAGCGAUGACAACAAGCGCGUCACUAACGGUGGCGAGUACGAUGUCGCCGUCGACGGGCAGUGGGACGGCGAGAACCAGUCGACCAACUACGACAAGAGCUUGGUGGUCAAGUGGAACCGCGCCGUGUCCCAGUACAACGGGACCUCGAUCAGCGCCAAGAUCCCCAAGGGCAUCGGGCGUGUCGAGGUGUGGGGAGCGGUCGAUGUGGACCAUUACGACUUUGCCGUCGAGAUCGACCCGCCAGCGUACGGCCUGACGCGCUUCAACGGCAAUGCGUUCAACUUGUACACGGUCCAGAACAUCUCGAUGUACGAGACGAUGCUCGACCCGGGCAAGCCGCACACGAUCAAGGUCACCAACAUGCACGACGCGUACCUCGAUGUGUCGCAGUUCAAGCUGUACGAGGCGCACGGUGGAAGCGGGGGUUCAGGUCUCAGCGCAGGGGCGAUUGCGGGCAUCGUGAUCGGCUCGGUUGCGGCGCUGGCGCUCGCUUGUCUCCUCGUGUGGUGCUGCCUGCGUCGGCGCAAGAAGCAGGCGACCAACAACAACCCCGUCGACAUGGAGAGCGACCCGGGCGACAUGGUUAACGUCCACGAUGUCGAGCCGUACCACGACUCGCCGCACUCGCCUCCCAUGAGCAUGAGCACUGGCGCCGGCUACCGUUCCUCGGGCAGCAUCCCCAUGGCCUACGCUCCUAGCGCGACGUCGGCUGGUAUCGCGGGCCUGGGCGCUUAUCAGCACGGGCAGCAGCAGCAGUACCACACGCAGCAGCAGUGCUACGCCAUCCCGACGCCGCCAAGUGCAAGCCACCAGAGCAGCGGGUCGACCUCGGAACCUCUCCUUGGCAUGACGCCUGGCUCGCCAUUCAGCCCCCUCGCGGUGCAGAACCCCGACGAUGAGGGCUACCUCGCCGCAAGCACGAGCACGGUGGGCAUCGCCGCGCUCGACGCCAAGGUCCAGCCGCGCCCCGUGACGUAUCACCACCUGCAGCACACGGACUCGGGGCUGACGAGCCACUCGAACGAGGUCGUCGUCACAGAGGCGCCGCCAGUGUACAAUCCCGAGUGGGCCGGGUCGUCGAGCGCCAACUCGGGCGGAGCACCUACCGUUCAGUCGGCCCCAUCUGCACUCUCUGCCCCGUCCGACGCGGACCGGAGCCGCAACAGCCGCAUGGAAAAGGGGCCCUCGGCGCCCAUGUCGCCCGUCUAG